AUGAAUCCUGAUGGAACAGACUUAAAGCUUGUCUUCUCGAUAGACAACAUUGAUCCUUCCGAUACUGCUAAGGGUUUAGCUGGUGCCUUCCAGCCUACAUGGUCACCAGGUGGCGAAUGGAUUGCCGUUAGUGCGGGCAGUUGGUUUUUCCAGCGUGCUUUCUCUGGUGGAUGGAUCUACAGAGCCGCUGCGAACGGCUCCUAUUCAGAGCAACUCACCUUCGGCAUCGCCGACGAGGUGAACUCGGGCUUCCCCAGCUUCUCGCCUGAUGGAACCCAGCUCGUAUACCGCGAUUUCGGGUCUGAGGGAGGUCUAGGACUACGCAUAUUGAAUCUCGCGGACAAGACCACCGCGAAUCUUACAGACGACUGGGAUAGCAACCCAGGCUGGUCUCCAGACGGAGAACGCGUCUUUACCCGCCGCAAUCACAUUAACUGGGAGGAUCUUGAGGCUAUUGACAGCUUUGACAUCUACACCAUCGCCCCUGACGGCACUCCUCACGCAACUCACCACGAGUGGUGCGAACGACGCACAUGCCGCCUGGUCCGCGGACGGGCGUAUCAUGUAUACCAGUGGCAUGUACGGAUUCCGCGAGGAGUGCGUCAACUACGAUAA